CGAUGCUGAAAACCCCUCGUUGAUUCCAACACACCACCCCCCCCUCCUAAUCCUUUUAAAUCCCUCUCUCAACCCUUCGCGGCACCAUACAAUGGUCACUCGUUAAAACCACCCCUUCGCUGUGCUCUUUCCUUCUUUAGAUCUCCAUAUCUUGUACUCUUGGCCACACAAUCUCAUUUCCUCCAUGGCGGCUGCAGAUCAUGCGACAGGCGUCAACAAUGAAAUGUCGAUAGAACUACCUACAUUACCCCCCAACCAGGGGUUCGAGGCUUUCAAGGAUGUUGUCUUCGGUUCGGCGGCCGGGUCCGCGGGCAAAAUCAUCGAAUACCCUUUUGACACGGUGAAGGUCCGUCUUCAGUCACAGCCGGAUCACCUUCCUCUUCGAUACACGGGACCAUUGGAUUGUUUCCGUCAGUCCGUUCAUGCGGAUGGCUUCAAGAGCCUCUACCGGGGCAUCAGUGCUCCCCUAACUGGGGCUGCAGUCGAGAACAGCUGCCUUUUCUGGAGCUAUCGCCUGAUUCAGGAUAUCUUGAAAUCCACCUAUUACUCCUCUGACGACACUCUACCCUACUCCGCUCUAUUGCUGAGUGGCGCCGCCUCCGGGUCCAUUACUUCGCUUGCUCUGACCCCGAUCGAGCUCAUCAAGUGCAGGAUCCAAGUGUCUCUGGAUAGCUCUGGAAAGUCGCCAGCGGGGCCCGUGGCACAUGCGGUAGCGAUCUUUCGCCAGGAUGGCAUUCUUGGGUUCUGGCGGGGCCAGUUCGGAACUUUGAUCCGGGAAACUGGGGGCGGCGCCGCCUGGUUUGGCGGUUAUGAAGGUGUGUCGGGAUUAUUUCGAACAUACAAUCAACAAAAGUCGGCGGUUGGCACUGCCGACCACAAUUCAGCGUCACUGCCCAUCCAUCAGCAAAUGAUUGCGGGGGCAGCUGCGGGUAUCAGCUAUAACUUCCUGUUCUAUCCUGCCGACACGAUCAAGUCCCGGAUUCAAACAGAGGACAUCGCGGCAGUCAAUGGCCAGCGACUGACUUUCUGGAAUGCCGGGAAAACCUUGUGGAAGCAGCAAGGAUUUAGAGCUCUCUAUCGAGGUUGCGGCAUCACUUGCGCACGCUCGGCACCGAGCUCAGCGUUCAUUUUCACUGUUUAUGAAGGGUUACGGAAUUAUUUUGGAUGACACUUUUACCUAGUUCUGUUUUUGCUUUCUGGUCUUUCUCUUUUCCUCCCUUCCUGCUUUGUUUCUUUAACUUUCCUUUCUCCUUCUCUCUCUCUCCCUGUCUAUCUUUUUCCUUUUCUCUUUUUCUUUUCAUGUUUACUCACCU